GAAAGUGUACAUCAAUUGCCAAGAUCAGGUCUUAUUGAGAAGUCCCCAUAUGAUACUCAUUUUACCCAAAUGCCAGACUGUUGUGCCAAUACAGAGAUACUAGAUCCGUAUCCUAGACCAUCAAGUGGAUUCACCACUUAUCCGGAUGACGUCUACUCGCAGGAUAUGACUUCAACCUUUCAAUAUUCUCAACCACGAAUCGGUCCCGAAGAUCGUUCCAUCCGAUCACAGUCGCAAGUUGGCUAUGCCUCCGAUUCCCGUUGCCCCAGCAGAGUUGGAUAUGAGGACACAUUGGGCAGCUAUAUGGAACAAACUGAUCCUAGAAUGUAUUGCACGACAGCAAACUGCAUGGAGGAUACGAUGUCGGCAACGACCAAAGGAGUCUGCGGUAAAGAAGUUGAAUCGAAUAUGCAGAGACAUAUAGAAGGUUGCGCCUGCACUUGUAAUCACAUGGGGUAUGGAAACUACAUGGACUAUCAGAGAACGUGCCUCACAGAACUACCAGAUGUAACGCCAUCCAACGGCAUUAUACGCCUCUCACCACCGUGUAUGGAUUCGCCAAGCAGCGGCAGCAGCAAAGACCGGCGCGAACGAAAUCCUAGAAAACGUUGCCGCGUUUUGGCGCCCGUUUUCUUACUUAUGUCUUUACUUCUCCUUGGAGGACUAUGUUUACCCCUUCUACUUCAAACUGCUCCUAUAACUCAUCAACAACGAUUAGAUGUAAUCAGGAGGAUAUUAACGGAAGUACCUCUCAUUGACGGACAUAACGACUUGCCUUGGAAUGUUCGAAAAUUUGUACAUAAUCAACUUGGAGAAGUCAACCUCAGCAGUGACUUAGGUCGUGUGGAUCCAUGGGCCAGAUCAGAUUGGAGUCACACGGAUAUUCCAAGAUUACGUGCUGGUCUGGUUGGGGCCCAGUUCUGGUCCGCCUACGUGCCGUGUGGAGCUGCACAACUGAAUGCCGUUCAAUUGUCUUUGGAGCAAAUUGAUGUCAUACGGAGAUUGGCGGAAAUGAAUGCGCACCACCUAACCUUAGUGACGUCUGUGAAGGGUCUGUUGGAGGCUCAUAGAGACGGCAAGAUUGCUAGCCUCAUUGGCGUAGAAGGUGGACAUGCUCUCGGAAAUUCUCUUGGAGUCUUACGGACAUUUUACGGGCUUGGGGCUAGAUACCUUACCUUGACACAUGCCUGUGAUACGUCCUGGGCAAUCUGUUCUGUUGGGGAGGCGAACGACACUCAAGAGAACGCUCCUGGACUAAGUGAAUUUGGAAAGGCUGUCGUGAAGGAACUGAAUAGACUCGGGAUGCUAGUUGACUUGUCUCAUGUCUCGACGAAAACCAUGAGAGCUGCAUUACAAACGACUAGAGCUCCAGUGAUAUUUUCUCACAGCGCAGCAAGGGCCCUAUGCAACUCGACCAGAAAUGUGCCUGACGAUGUCCUUCGCAGUUUGGCGGCGAAUGACGGCAUUGUGAUGAUUCCCUUCUACACAUACUUCAUCACAUGCAAUAGUACAGCUACCAUACGUGACGUCAUCGCUCACAUAAAUCACAUACGAAGUGUCGCAGGCGUUGAUCACGUGGGAAUCGGGGCAGGAUACGACGGCAUCAAUUUUACACCGACUGGCUUGGAAGAUGUGUCGAGGUAUCCCCAACUCUUAGCAGCGUUGAUGGAAGAUUCUUCAUGGACAGAAGAUGACGUCAAAAAGUUGGCAGGCCUCAACCUACUGAGGGUUUUCAAGAAAGUGGAACAGGUCAGGGACGAAUGGCAGAAAGCAGCUAUACUUCCGGAGGAAAAGAUAAGUUUACCUGAAAACGCUGCCUGCGCCUAUGGCAUUUCCUGAUCUUCCCUGCGGACUUUGAUACCAGCAAUCAUCAACUGGGCUAGAUCAACCGGCAUUCAUCACAUCGCCAAAAUUGUCGGACUGCAAUCAUGAGCACAAGAAAUUCUUCAUUCAUUACCUGAACUGAUUUUGAGCGAUAUGAAGACAGUUACGAAUGUGUACGAAAUAAUUGUGAAUAAAAUCGACAAUGCCAGACUUUAAUGAACAUUACGGCAGUUUCAUAAUCACGUCAUUUGAAAAAAUACAUUACUGAGUAAGAUUAAGUAUACUGUACAG